AUUGAUUGUCAGUUUUAGACAUCCAGCAUGGAGAACAAUAACAAUGCAGAAUUCAGUGAAUUGUGUCAGAAGAUCGAAAAAGAGAUCCGUGCCGUAAAUUGUUCUGAACUUCUAGAAGACGCUGUGGAAACGCACAUUGAAUUCAUAUGGAUCACCAUUGAUAGAAUAAAAAGAAACAAAGAAAUACUUUCACUUGUAGUUGAUUCUUUGGUGGAAAACAAUAUAAAAGGACUCACAGAAAAUGUAUUGUCAUUGUUAGUGGAAAACAAGGACGAGCUCGCAGGUUUGAAGGGCGCUGCUUCUCAGAAUGUGAGGAGUUUUCUGUCUGUUGUCUGGAUUGUCACGGACUCGUCUUCCUUGCUCUGUCAUCAGUUAGUCUGUUCUGUCGCUAUUCAAAAGACGUCACAAUUAUUAGAUUUUCUAAAAGACACUACACAAAAUGAAUCUGUAUUGUUUUUAGUUAAAUUUAUUUUGGGAUGUUGGCAUAAUUGUCUAAGACACGUGUCCUCAGCCGCUCAAUUUCAUUUCAGAGAACUUAAUAUAAAAACGACAACACAUAAGACAAUAGCUAGGUUUGAAGACAGUCCAAUGAUUCUGGCGAAGGGAAUCAUUGUAUUGUCAUAUCUACUCACAGAAAAUGAUGAGGAAGAGGAGGGUCUUCUGGAAACAAAUAUACUGGGGUUUAUUGUUCAAAUUCUCAGCCAAGCAGUGAAGGCCGGAGAUAGGGUGUCCCGUAGACACGGAAUGAAUGUCCAAGAGGUUCUCCAGGGUAUAAAUAACCUCUCUGUAAACGACAAAAAUAAAGAAGAACUCGUAGCAAGAGGUGCUUUGCCUAUUCUAGUCCAAAUCCUAAAAGACAAAGUAAAUCCUAGGGAAGUCAUACAAACUCUCAUGAUUAUUUGGAGAAUUUCUUUCUUGAAUCAAAAUUUUUCCAGAAUCAUAUCAGAACCAGAUUUAAUUAGUGUUGUAGAACGUCUUCAAUUUGACGAAAAUGAAAAGAUACGACAUUCUGCCACUGGUGCAUUGUGGGAAAUAAAACAAAGCAAUCUUAGCAUUUAUCCUAUAAAUGAUGAUCCUCGACCUCACGUGAUGAUCAGCUACCAAUGGGAUUCACAACCUGUGAUGCUAAAGGUCAAGGACUCUCUAAAACAAGCCGGAUACAAAGUGUGGAUGGAUGUGGAAAACAUUAGCGGAUCUACGGUGGAGGCGAUGUCCCUGGCCAUUGAGAACGCUGCUGUUGUGCUCAUAUGUAUGUCACAGAAAUACAAAGAAAGUCCCAGCUGUAGAUCAGAGGCGGAGUAUGCCUACAAACUCCGGAAGUGCGUGGUGCCCCUCCGACUGGAGCCUCGGUACGUCCCUGAUGGAUGGCUAGGAUUAAUCAUAGGGACUAAACUCUACUUCGACUUCACUUCAGAAAAAAGAUUUGAUUUCAUGGUGGGAAACCUCAUUAAAGAACUUGGCUCAAGGGGUAGAAUAUUCGACAUGCCCGAUAUCACUGAUGGCAAAGAAAAGCUUGGGCGACAGGACACGGUACACGAUAAAAAGUCGGUGCGUGAUGUACAAAACAGGGAGAAUGUUUACUGGCAAUGGACCGAAGCUCGGAUAAAGGAAUGGAUUGAUAGCUGUAACUUAUCAAGCCCAAUAGAAAGACUCUAUGACCUUGACCCCGAGCUUCUGUCUGAACUUCGCCUUCUACAGUCUACUUCACCAGACUCGCUGUACAGUGUCCUGAGAUCGGAUCUUCUCUUGAGUGGAGUGGAUGUCAUCAAGUUCUCUAAAGAACUCAGGAAACUCGCAGAUCACUAACAUACACAAACAAGAUGAAACUAUACUAAUAUAUUUUUUAAAAAAUGUUUAAUGUCAGUAAUGUUUUCUAAUAACUCAAAAUCUAGAGCUGAAAAUGUCAUAUCUUAAAAAUUUUACAUUACAAUUUAAGUACGUACAGAAAACAAUGUGUUGCUUAAACUUUUAAAUUGUUUAUAAAAACAAUAUUUACAGAUUUUAAUAAAUUAAAACUUUGG